AUCUAACAGCUGUUCUCUGGCCCAGCCUGAGGCCCUGGGGGAAGCGGCAGAGCAGGGAGGAGGAGUGUUAAGAACCUGCACACUCAGAGAUAAGAGGACUGAAGAGGCAGAUUCUUCAUAAGAUUUCAGCUUCUUUUUUCCAUGGAUCCUUACUUCUUCUUCAGCCAUAAGAUCUUUUCUCCUGAGAUGUUGUUGAAAGCCAAAGUGGAAGAGCAAACUUUUCAACAGCAGAAUGAAUCACUGAGCAGUGAGAAUAUCACAAAGUGUACAGACAAUUCUACUCACAAAACUAUUUUAAACUGACAACUAACUUUUCAAUUUAAGUGUUAUGACCAGGGAAGAAGGUUACAGAGAAGAAUUUAAUUAUGACAGGAUGCCAACUUUGGAGCGUGGAAAGCAAGAGAAUGGAAAUUAUGUACCAGAUAUCAAAUCUAGUGACCUUCAGAUAUCACCGAGGUUUCAUCCUUGUUUUAGUCAUAGAACAUGGAUCUUUUCUUUGUUGAUGGGGACUUGCCUUCUUGUUACUUCUGGAUUUUCACUUUAUCUGGGAAAUGUUUUUCCAUCUGAAAUGGAUUAUUUACGUUGUGCAGCAGGUUCAUGUAUUCCUUCAGCAGUUGUGAGUUUUGCUAUAGCAAGAAACAAAGUUAAUGUGAUACCCAAUUUCCAGAUUCUAUUUGUUUCUACAUUUGCUGUAACAACAACAUGUUUAAUUUGGUUUGGAUGCAAACUUGUCCUUAAUCCAUCGGCAAUAAAUAUAAAUUUCAACUUGAUUCUGCUAAUUCUGCUGGAAAUCUUCAUGGCAACUACUGUGAUCAUUUCAGCUAGGUCUAAUGAAGAUUGCUGUAAGAGGAAGAAAAGUACCGUAUAUGACAGUACCAGCGUUUUGAAUGAUGUCAACUUUCCUACUCGAAUUCUGAAAUCCUAUUCAGUAAUUGAAGUGAUUAUUGGAAUUUCUGCAGUAUUUGGUGGAAUAAUUGCUUUGAAUAUGGAUGUGUUAGUCUCAGGUCCAUACCUUUCAGUAACAUUCUUUUGGAUCUUAGUGGCUUGCUUUCCAAGUGCCAUUGCAAGUCAUGUAGCUGCUGAAUAUCCAAGUAAAUGUUUGGUUGAGGUCCUGAUUGCCAUAAGCAGUGUCACUUCUCCAUUGUUGUUCACUGCUUCUGGAUACUUAUCCUUCAGUAUCAUGCGAGUUAUUGACAUCUUUAAAAAUUAUCCACCAGCAGUUAAACAAUCUUAUGAUAUACUUCUGUUACUUCUGAUGCUGAUGCUGUUAAUUCAGGCAAUGCUUACCAUUGGCACUGUCAUACAGUGUGUAAGUUACAAGACAAAAAUGAAGCUGCAUGAUUCAUCUUGGGCAAUGCCACAGAUUAAUAAACAGGAGUACAGAACAAUGGAGGUUUCCAAUAAUACCAUAAAGGAUUUUGACAAAGACAAAGCCUGGAAAGCUGUUGUGGUACAGAUGGCUCAGUAAGGUGGAUUCAGCAAGUAGAAUAUAAUACAAAAAAUCAACUGUUAGAUUUAAAGCUUCUUAACUGUAGCAGUUUGUAGACAGUGCUAUAGCUCCAGCUGUAGGGACCAAGGAAUAACAGAAUUUAUUUUCAAGCUAAAUACUGUACCUUUCUAAUAAAUUUGAAAUAUAUAGGUGAAAUUUCUUAAUGCAACUUUAUCUUUUGUGUAAGAAUAUUAUUUGAUGUUAGGUUGCUGAUAGUAUCUAAAUGUUUAGUGUUCUGUUGCUUUAAAAGAUCCCUUUGGAAACAAGGUCAUAAAUUACUUAUGGGUUAUGAAGAUACGGUAUUUUUAAGUAAAUAUGGCAAUACACAGUAGGUCUCAUUUGUUUGCAAGAAACUAAUAUAACUGCAAUUAUGCAGUCAAUAAAACUGAUAAAUGCUUUUGUAAAGUUAUGAGUACAGGUCAUAAUAUUUUUGCUUCUACUUCACUUUUGUAGGAGUUGUAAAGGUGUUUUGCAUCUUGUUAUUUUGUAUAAAGUAAAGGUCUUUAUCACAAGGAGUCCAGAUGUGGAUUGAAGUCCAGUUUGCAUAGAUGAAAACAUACAAUUCUUUAAAAUAUUUUUCUGUAACAAAUUUAUGGACUGUGAAAAAGGAGUAACAACCCUUAGUUUAGAUCAUCCUUGAAAAGUCACGAAACUCUAAGUGCUUGGCACAAAAUCUAUAAAUCUAUUGACUCACCCUGUAACUUAAUCAGAAAGAAAAAAACAAAACAAAUAUUAUUUUGUGGGAUGACUGCUGGGCUGAAUGCCUUGAUUCACUGGAAUCUGUUUGCUCUUUCACAUAUGAAAAUGUAUCCUUCCUAAAAGUGAUUUUUUUUCCCUUUUCAUAUUUUUAUUUUGCUAAUAACCUUUGAUAAUUAUAAAAUAAAUCAUGUUUAAAUGAA